CGCGCUCCCCACGAUCACCACUGCGCCCUCUCCCGUCUGCCACUGCCUCGCAUCUCGCUGUUUCGUCUUGCCGCCCGCCUCUGGUUUCCUCACUGCGCAGACGUCCACGCCUUCGGCUGCCUUGCGUGCUGCUCGUCGCUGAUAAAAUACCUCUCUUUGCCAGGGCUUUAGCCCGCAGCCUCUCCCCCUCUCCGUCCCUCUCGGCUCAGCGCAAGCGCUUCAGAAGCUUCUUGCCCCGGCAGCGUGCCACACCCAACCUUCCACAGCGACCACUCAACCCGUCACAAUGGUUCGCAACAUUGUUGUCCUGUCGGGCAACUCACACCCGCAGCUCGCCGACAGCAUAUGUAAUAUGCUCAGUAUCCCCCAAGGAAACCGCAUUCUUGGCAAGUUCUCCGUCGGCGAGACGCGCUGCGAAAUCAAGGAUUCCGUCCGCGGCAAGGAUGUCUUCAUCAUCCAGUCAGGCGGCGGUUCUGUCAACGACCACCUCAUGGAACUCUGCAUCAUGAUCUCUGCAUGCAAGACAGGCUCCGCGAAGCGAGUCACCGCCGUGCUUCCGCUUUUCCCUUACUCCAGGCAACCCGAUCUCCCAUACAACAAGAUCGGUGCCCCGCUCUCAAAGUCGCCCAACGAUGCGCCCCGUGACCACUACACCUUCGAGAGCGUGCCUGCCACACCAGGCCCCGGCGUUGCCAAGAGUGCCGGCCUGAACAACGUAGACCUGGCAAAGGCUCUCAGCAGGGCUACCUCGACCAACGGCAUUGCGUCGCCACGUGCAACCUCGAACCCAUUCAAUGCUCAGCCGGCCAACGGCGAAUCGGCUCACGCUGUCAACGGCAACCAACACUCCGAUAAGGGCAAAUUCACGACUCACGACUACGAGAACCCCUCUGUACUGUCCGCGUUCCAGGCCAAGCCUGGCUACAAGCGUUGGGUUGCGCAAGCUGGCACGUUGGUUGCCGACUUGUUGACUUGCGCUGGUGCUGAUCACGUGGUCGCCCUGGAUCUUCACGAUGCACAAUACCAAGGGUUCUUUGACAUUCCCAUGGACAACCUGUACGGCCGGCCGCUGCUCAAGCGCUACAUUCAGCAAAACAUUCGCGACUAUAAGGAUGCCGUGAUUGUGAGCCCUGACGCAGGUGGUGCCAAGCGGGCCACAGCCAUUGCCGACAGCCUGGGCAUGGAGUUUGCCCUGAUUCACAAGGAACGGCGCCCGACGAAAAUCACCGACAGACAGAACGCGACGAUGAUGCUCGUCGGCAACGUUGCUGAUCGUGUCUGUGUGCUGAUUGACGAUCUCGCCGAUACCGCAAACACCAUUACCCGCGCAGCCAAGCUUCUGCGGAAAGAGGGUGCCACGGCCGUCUUUGCCCUGUUGACCCACGGAGUCUUCAGCGGCGAUGCCCUGGCGCGCAUCAACGCCUCGGCCAUCGACAGGAUCAUCGUGACCAACUCGGUUCCGCAAGAGGAGAACAAGAAGAUCUGCCCGAAACUCGAGGUACUCGAUGUUUCACCGAUCUUUGCAGAGUCGAUCAGGCGUAUUCACCACGGUGAAUCGAUCAGCGUGCUAUUCCAAUACGACUGAUUGGAGUUUUGUUGCUGGCACUGUCAGUGUGUUUGAUGGUCAGGCGCGGACCCCGGACGAGGUUCUCCACAGAGUGCGUUGCGUCGUGGUGAUAUCUGAGCUACGGGUUUCAGGCUUGCGCUGUAGACACAUUCUGGCGUACAGUUGGCCAAGGUAGGACAAGUUCGUUCAUUCUCGGGGCCCGUGAGCUUUUGUUUCUGGAUAACGAAAGUGCUUUUUUAUCCUUUGCUUUCUUCAUCGGCGC